AUGACGAAAGAGAAAGCAGUUGAAAACGAUGAAGUUGUCGCGGCAGCCACCCCAGAACCCGCUCCGCGCGACCUUGAGCAGCGGCGAGUAUUUCACAGGCGCGGGACGUCGGCGGACUCCAGCCACGCUGUGGUCGCCGCCGCCUGCUCGCACCGCGUCCGUGCCGAGCAGCCCGUGCCGUCAGCUAGACGCUCCGUCCACAGAGGCAGAGGCAGCCGCAGACACACCGGCAGACACGAGGCGCAGCGCGGGACGGCGGAACCACUGUGCGCUGCAAUGACAGACACCGGCAAGUACUUUGCGAUCACGGCUGAGGAGGUGGCGUAUGUCAGGAAGCAGGUGGGCACCAACGAGGAGGACAUCAAGACGGCUGUGACGUCCCUGCGAGAGUGGCUCAGGAUGCAGCCACACUUACCAAACGCCGUAGACGGCUCCCUCAUCGAGCGCAUGUACAUCAACUGCAAGUGCAGCAUGGAGAGGGUCAAACUGGGAUUAGACGCUUAUUUUUCCCUGAAAAACAGAAUUCCCGAGUUUCUAAUGAACAGAGAUGCAAGAGGAACCGACAUCCAGUUUGCAAUGGAGCACAUCAAAAUGAUGACGAUGCCACGACUCACAAAGGACGCGUACCGCGUCCACGUCAUCACCGCUGUGGACGAAGACUCAAUGAAUAUAAUUUGGGCCGCAUAUGGUAAGAUCCUGUCCAUUGCUAUGGAAGUUAUGUUCGUCGAGGACUAUUCUAUUGGAGAUGUGUGCAUCAUAGACAUGGCCAACGUAAAUGGUGGGCACGUAGUGCGGGCGGACAUCAACAUCAUCCGCAAUCUCGAACUCUGCUACAAGACUGCCUACUGCCGGAGGCUUAAAGGACUUCACUUCGUGAAUGCAUCGAAGAUUAUGGAUUCAGCCAUGAAAAUUGUUAAGAUGGCGCUGUCUGAGAAGUUGCAAAAGAGGGUGUUCGUGCACCUUCCAGGAUCGACAUCUCUGUUCGAUCAUGUGCAGCGUGACUGCUUACCUGACGAGCUGGGAGGCACUGCUGGCCCUGUUGACAAACUAGCGUACCAGCUCAUUACGGGAGCCAACCGUGAGUGGCUGCUGGAGAAGGACAAGUACACCUCAGACGAGAGCAGACGUCCCGCCGAGAACCGCUACGCCGACAACAUCUACGGCAUUGCUGGCUCAUUUAAAAAAUUGUCCGUGGACUGACACAACUCUUCUGUUAAAGACAGAGGUGAAAGUUUUGUACACGUGUAUAUAUUGUACAGUUUAUAUUGUAGAUAUUAAAAUAAAAAUUAAAAUAAACGGUGUUACAAUAAA